AUGGAAUUAAACUUGGUGAAUCAUGGGAUUCCAGUGGAGCUCCUUGACAGGGUGAAAAAGGUGACCACUGAAUGCUAUAAGGUAGAGAGGGAAGAAAACUUUUUUAACGACUCAACACUAGUUAAGCUGUUGAAGGAAUUAAUUGAAAAAAAUGGCGAAGAAAAACUCGAAAACCUGGAUUGGGAAGAUGUCUUCCUUCUAACAGACGAUAACGAAUGGCCACGAAAGACCCUAGGAUUCAAGGAAACAAUGACUGAAUACCGAGCCGAACUAAAGAAACUGGCUGAGAAACUGAUGGAAGUAAUGGAUGAAAACUUGGGGAUACCAAAGGGGCACAUUAAAAAGAUGUUCACUGGUGGUGAUGAAGAAAAUGCAUUCUUUGGGACAAAGGUGAGCCACUAUCCAUCAUGCCCUCAUCCGGAGAGAGUGACCGGUGUUCGGGCUCAUACGGAUGCUGGUGGUAUCAUCCUUCUUUUCCAAGACAACGAGGUUGGAGGUCUUGAGAUUCUCAAAGACGGUAAGUGGACUGAUGUUCAACCAAUUCCAAAUGCGAUAUGCAUCAACACUGGUGAUCAAAUAGAAGUGUUGAGUAAUGGGAGAUACAAAAGUGUUUGGCACCGUGUUCAGGCUGUGCCCAAUGGGACUAAGAGAUUAAUUGCUUCAUUCUAUAACCCAUCCUAUAAUGCCACGAUAGAACCAGCAAGCCAACUGAUUCAAAAAGAGAACAAAGACGUUAACCAUUUUGGUUACCCAAAGUUCGUGUUUGGUGACUACAUGUCGGUAUAUAUUAAACAGAAGUUCCUCCCAAAAGAACCAAGGUUUGAAGCUGUGAAAGCGGCGAAUUAAAGUACCAUUGUCGUACCAUCCUUUAUGUUUAGCGUUUAAUAUUUACGAGUGAUUAAGGAUUAUAAGCUCUUCUCCAUGUGACAUUGCGCAUCUUUAUAACAUAUCUAUUU